AUGGCUGGCACAGGAGGAAAGGAAUGGCCGAUGCUGGGACGAGGCACUCUCCCACGAAGUCGUCCGACAUUCUCGACAAGGACUGCCACUGAUGACGCUGCUCAGCUGUUGCGAAGGUCCUCGUUUCCGGCUUUGUUAGACUCACAAAAUCAAGCAUCGCACGAGCAUGGUGACGCUGUCCCCGACUCUUCAAGGCCAAUACCCAUUCCGUCCGGGGUCUCUAGUCCCUCUGUCUCCCGUCCCCAGACAGCCUCGUCGACUGGCGCAUAUGGGACAUUCAGUCAUGUUCACAACGUGCCAGAACGUGAUCAGGCCAAUGGGCAAGCCGAUUUCGCAGCCUCUAUGCCCCAUGAUACCUUGACUGGAUCGAUGCAUUCCGCAAGCACCAAACCCGAGAAUUUCACAUUCAACCAAGUCCCGGUGGCUCCAAGGACGAAUGGUGGGACAGACAAACUGGGCACAUUCUCGGGAGUGUUUGUCCCUACAAGUCUGAAUGUACUGAGCAUCCUCAUGUUCAUCCGAUUUGGUUUCAUCCUCGGCCAAAGCGGAGUCGUCGGUAUGCUGGGCAUGUUGACCGUGGCUUACCUGAUCAAUCUCCUGACGACCAUGUCCAUCUCUGCGGUGGCCUCCAACGGUAUUGUUCGUGGCGGUGGUGCUUACUACUUGAUCUCAAGAUCCUUGGGCCCCGAGUUUGGUGGAGCCAUUGGACUCGUCUCCUACCUGGGAUUCGUGUUCAAUACUGGCAUGAAUGCGGCCGGUCUCAUCGACUGUCUUUAUUAUGUCUUUGGUUCCAAAUCUGGAGAUUGGACAAAUACUAUUCCUGAGGGUCCUUGGUGGCAGUACCUGUUCAGCACGGCGGUUGUGGUGAUUUGCGUCGCCAUUUGCCUUGCAGGGAGCUCCAUAUUCGCUCGUGCAAGCAAUGCCCUUCUGUUUGUUCUCUUGCUGGCCACAUUCAGCAUCCCACUAUCGGCCGUCAUAGUGAAACCAUUCUAUGGCAAGAAUCACUUUACCCACUUUACCGGAUUCAGCAUCGAGACUCUGAAAGAAAAUCUACUGCCGAAGUUCACCAAAGACGCUGCAGGAAGUCAGCUACAUGGCAAGGAGAACUACCAGGACCUCUUCGGCAUUCUCUUCCCUGCUACAGGAGGCAUACUAGCUGGAGCCAGCAUGUCCGGUGAUUUGAAGAACCCCAGCAAGUCUAUUCCACGCGGCACCUUAGCCGGACUUGCUCUGACAUUCGUCUCGUACACCUCAGUCAUCAUUGCAUUGGCAGCAAGUGUCACGCGAGAAUCAUUUUACAGGAAUGUGAACGUGGUCCAAGACACGAACGUAUCCGGUUCCCUGAUUCUGGUGGGGGAAAUUGCGACAACCUUUUUCAGCGUCCUGAUGGGCAUCAUCGGUCCAGCCAAACAACUUCAGGCCAUUGCUCGUGACAGUGUCUUUCCAGGCCUUGCGAUCUUUGGUCAGGGGAGUCGGAAGUCAGACGAACCUGUCCUUGCUAUUUGUGUCACCUUUCUAGUGGCACAACUUACACUUCUCCUCGAUAUCAACAGGAUUGCAUCCUUAAUCACCAUGACUUAUCUGAUGACAUUCUUUGCUCUUAAUGUUGCCACCUUCCUCCUAAGAAUUGGUUCGGCUCCAAACUUCCGACCCUCUUUCCACUACUUCAGCUGGUGGACGGCUGCAGCAGGCGCUGUCCUGUGCGUUGCCAGCAUGUUUUUUGUCGAUGGUCUCUCUGCUUCAGGGUCGAUCGCCAUCCUCCUGGUCCUGAUUGUGAUAAUCCAUUAUACCACAAUACCAAAACCCUGGGGCUCAAUUUCCGAAGUACUCAUCUACCAUCAGGUGAGAAAGUAUUUGUUGCGCUUGAAGUCCGAGCAUGUCAAAUUUUGGCGCCCUCAGGUGCUCCUGUUCGUGAACGACCCGAGAAGAGGUUACAAGCUCAUUCAAUUUUGCAAUUCCUUGAAAAAGGGGGCGCUGUUCAUCAUUGGACAUGUCAUCGUCACUCAGAACUUUGGCGACUCUGUACCUGAAGCUCGACGCCAACAGGCUGCCUGGAACAAAUUCAUCGACUUUUCCAAGAUCAAAGCAUUUGUCAACGUCGCCAUCUCGCCUUCUAUCGAGUGGGGAGCAAGGAACAUUUUCCUGUCCGCGGGGCUCGGGGGCAUGCGGCCCAACAUUGUCAUUUUCGGCUUCUAUAAUAUACAACAAUUCCGCGCAGAACAGCCAUUGGUAGAUGUUCCCAGCCCUCCUCCCGAGAGAAAGCACAGUACCUUGAAAAAGCGACGGACGAGCAAGAGCGUGAUGAGAGGAGAGCUUCCCACCGAUUCUUGCUAUAUCGAGAAACGGACUGAUGUCCAGAGCUAUGUGAUGGUGCUAGAAGAUAUGAUAUUGAAGCUCAAGACAAAUGUUGCCAUAGCCGUUGGCUUCGGAGAGCUGGAGUUGCCAAAAGCUCAAGAAAGCAUUACGAAAAAAUAUAUCGACCUUUGGCCGAUUCAAAUGUCGGCUGAGAUUACCUCCGAGGCGGACGGCGAAGCUCGCAACGUCCUCACAACCAACUUUGACACCUAUACACUUAUUCUCCAACUUGGCUGUAUUCUCCAUACGGUGCAAUCGUGGAAGCGAGCAUUCAAACUCCGAGUUGCGGUUUUCGUCGAGUACGAAUCUGACGUGGAAGACGAGCGGUCGCGCGUUACCUCUCUGCUUGAGAAUCUUCGCAUUGAAGCCGAGGUGCUCGUCUUCUGGUUAGCUUGUGGUAGUGUGAAGUCUUAUAAUUUCAUCGUGAAUGGCCAGGAGGUGGACGAUGAAACUCGUGAUCAAGCUGAUAAGGUGUUGGAAGAUGAGGCAUGGUGGCGUGAUCUCCAGACACUUCGCGGUCACUCCCAGUCCGGCGAUGUAAGUGCUGCUGAUGUGCUCUCAAUGACGGAGGACGUUGAAUGGCCAAGUUCUUCAUUCCAAGGGAGAAGGGAAGCUUCCGUUGUCCGGUUUGAAGGUUUACGGAAGCUCCUCAAUCGACCCACAAGGAAGUCUUCGUUUGGAAAUUUGUCCAACCUUGGAGUCAGCCUCUCUAUGAGGACUUCACGCUUAGACGACGACAUGCUUAGCCGGCAUGCUUCUCACCCUAGCGACUCAGAAGAUUCAGGCCCUUUGAGUGAGGAAGAGGAAGAGGAAGAGGAGAGGGAUGAUAGUGAUGAUGACGAUGACGAUGAAUACGACGAUGGAGCCGACUAUGAGGCUUCCUCACCUAGCUCCUCCGAGGAUGAGCUGCUGCUUCACGAGACGGAUUCCGCAGAUUUGAGAACUUCAAGCAAAACUAAAAGUUCUUCGAAAAAGAGCAGCCUUGCGAGUUCCAAAAGAUCCAGGAAGAAAAACAAGCAAUCCAAGCAACAAGGUGCGUCUGAAUCAGCAUCUUCGUCAUCUCAAAAGCAGCCUCUACAUGGGGACCUUGUGGGUGGCACGAAUGAAGACUCCCGCGAGCGCAAUGCGGCCAUCACAGGCAGCUCAGCCGCCACACACAUGUCUACAGAAGCUCUAAAAGUUUCCAGUUCAAAACGCCCCGGAUCCCCAACUUUCACAUCCUCCCCUCUGCCAGAGACGCGGUUGGCAGGCGAGGAGGGAGUUGGGCCGUCCAUCAUGUUUGCUGAUGAACCUCAUCCUCGACGGCAGACGGUGGAUGAAGUUGACCCUGGUACGGGUCGCUCAAUCUAUCAGCGAACCACAGAAGACGGUACGCGAUCCCGCACUCCAGCAGGCUUUCCUUCGGCUGCCUCUAUUCCAUUAUCCUUUAACGACCUUCCGAGCCGGGCACAACACUUGAUAUUGAAUGAAUUGAUAUCGCAGAAUAGCGAAGAUACUGCAGUGAUAUUUACAACACUCCCAGCUCCAGUCGACGGUACAUACAAGAGUGAAGCUGACAGUCUUGGAUACAUCAGCAAUCUAGAAGUCUUGGUAGGCGGGUUGCCGCCGACGCUUCUUGUACACAGCAACAGCAUGACUGUUACCACCAGUUUAUAG